AUGGAUAGUAGGGCCACAACCACCAGCCUUCCUGAUGUGGAGAAUACCACUGUUGUGAUUGUUGGUGACUCUGGUGUUGGUAAAAGCUCGCUUGCUAAGCGAUACGUCCGGUUUGGUGCUCAUGGAUGUUUUCCUCGUUGGUUCACCAUCACUGUGAAUUAUAUUCAUAUCUCAUCCGUGAGAGUAGCCAUCGUAGUUUAUGAUAUCACUAAUCGUGCGUCCUUCAUGUCAAGUGGCCGAUGGAUCAAUAUCGUCCGGAAGGAAGGGGGUCCAGAUGUAGUUAUUUUGCUAGUUGGAAACAAGGAAGAACAAUCGGAUAGGCGAGCAUUCUCUACAUCCAGACAAGUCAAGAAGCAGGAAGCCAGUCGACUGGCUGCGGAAGUCAAUGCCAUCUUUUUUGAAACUUCUGCUAAGACUGGGCACAAUGUUGGAGGGUUGCUCAAGACGAUCGCCAAGUGUUCGUCAAGAAAUCCCGGAGAGAGGUUUACUCUGAUUAGGGACCAGUUUCAACCCGCUUUGGAUCAAUAUAUUCAGGCCUGCUUAGAGGCUCAAGUUGGUCUAUCCGAUGAAGUUCGGCUCAAUAACGCCCCGCAGCAUUUAGCCACUCUUAAUCGAAUAUCAAGUGAUAUUACAACACAUAUUCAAAGAUUGCAGGUCGCUCGAUCUACAGUUUAUCAAAACAGUAACAGUAUAUCCAGUAUUACCCCUAUCAACACACUCCCUUCAGGGCGGGGUUGUGAUGGAAAUCUUUCCGAAGCCAAGUAUCCCCCUUACCCUGAUGUUUUAUCCCAUGUCAGCUCCUUCUGGCGCCGUGUCGCGAUUGAUACUCCAUGUUUAUGGACACACAUUGACAUUGCGCUUGGAUAUCCUCUCAAUCGGGGUCUUUUUUCCCGCGCCAAAGUAUAUGCCGAUCGGGCUGGCCCACUUCCGCUAGAGAUUCAUAUCAUUGACAAAAAAGAAUCGAGAGAAUCUCAAAAUCACUCAUACCGUGACCGGAACAACGAAUUCGAAUUCCUGGAUUCCGCUUCAGUGCCUAUCAAAGUUCUGGAACUAGACUUAUACAUGCAUACUAACGACUCCCACGGUGAAAUCUAUUAUUCCAUUCUUGAAUACUUGUUUGCUCGAUGUAUACCGGGGGCUCUUACACAUUACAUUGUAAACAUGCUCCUUGCGAUACCGAGCGCCCAACUCAAAAAACUCUGGCUUCCCAUCUCAAUCAUACGGCUUAGUGCCCUAUGUCCACAUUGGGAAAGCAUAGCAUACCACGGUCUUGUGGAGUUGCACAUUGAUCAGGGAAUCCCAAAGAUAUCGGAAUCGCAGCUGGUUAGCAUUCUGCGAUCCAGUCCCAAGCUGCAAGUCUUCCAUCUCAAAAACAGUAUCCAAUUGCAAGGGUCGGUUGGCGACACAAACAUAGAGCGGGUGCUUUUGGAAGAUUUGCGUGACAUAAAUAUCGCGACCUGGGGCGAAGAAGAUGUAUAUUCUGUGGAGAUACUGCGAAGAAUUGUUCCUGGAAAAGCUCCCCUCCAACUAGCAUACCUCGGGGAAUCCAACAACGCACUGGUCGAUUUUUGCUCUCGGGCCAACGUAGUUUGCUUCUAUACCAGAUUCUGGGAGUCUAAACCUCUGCUGCCAUUACUCAAUCAGGUGCUUCAUCUUAGCACUUUGGUUUUAGAUGGGGCCCUCAGUACUGGGACGAUAUCCUCGCUUUUUGGGUUGGGCAAUAUUCAUGACAAUCAAAACAACCAGGAUAAUGCUGCCAGCCAUAACUUGAAGAACAUACUCCCUUCGACUACCCAGGUCAAUACAUUGUAUCUGCUGGGGUAUCAGACAUUCAAUUUCGAGGAGAUCGAAGCAGUCGUGAAGCUGUAUUCGGUUCAGAGACUAAUGAUCUACGGUGGUAAACUUUCCUACCAAACGGACGAUGGAAGGCUGGUGUCGAGAAAUCUAAGAAAUACCAGGGUGAAGCUAUCCAGUAUCAAUGCUUGUCCUAUUAUCGAGUACCAUCCCGAUUCCGAAGCGAUCGAGCGUGACGGAGAUGAUUGGAUCAUCGCUUCAUUGAGUUGA